AUGGGUCUACCGGUAUGGCGUGAGCCAGUGCCAAAGACAGCAGAGAAUGCCGUCAAGGCAGAUCCCACUGCUGCUGCCCGCUCGUCCAUUCGCAGGCGGCCGUCAAUCCAUGGCCGCCGAAGCACACGACCGCGUCUCAACCGUGGUACCACCGUGCUGCCCCCGGGUUACGAGCGCACGGCUUUGCCACAAGGUGUUUCGAACACAACGCCUGGUUUCGGGCGAGGCGUGCCUACCGCUGUACCGCCAAUAUCAAUGUUGCUGGAGUCGGCGAAUGGACGAGUCGCUCCGCCUCCACCUCCUGUACCAGAGGCGCGCAAUUACUACAGCACAUCGUCAAACACAGCUCGAGCAAGAGAUACUCGCUCGAAUGAUGAAUCCGGUGCGGCGCAAGGCUCUCAAGCAAGUCUUGAACAACAAGUCAACGGCUUGCGCGAAAGGCUCGACCACCGUCGAUCUCGGCAUCGGAGCGGUUCUCCCGCCCAACGCUCGCGCAGAAUGAUGGCAGAUGAGCAUCCUCGCCCUCGCCAGCGCGUGCCAGAGCCUGUUCAGGCUACUGCCAACCGGUGGCCGCAAUACGAUGGCCCAAUCACACGCGUGACACUGCCAACCCCACCAUUGGACGCGUCGGAGCAAGAUGCAGACUAUCUACAACGCGCAGAAGCACGCGCUCGCUCAGAACAUGCUUCACAUCCCUUGAGAAACUCAUGGACGCCGGACUCUCCCGUGGACGGUCUGGGCGACCGAAACCGCAGCCCGACACCCGGAGACGGCUGGGAAAUCAUGCGCAGCACUAUCACACCUGACGCCACUCUGCCAAGCGCCGACAGCAGCUUUACAAGUGCAGCAGCGAGUCACUCCUUCACUUCCGCUGCAGAUACAGCAAUCACUGAGCCAGACUCUACGUCCUCCACGGACCCAAGUCAGCGCAACUCUAGUGACCAGAGCAAUGACGACUCUGCCUCUUCAGUCGAUGGCGACGAUCUUAUCUGCGACGAUGAUGGAGUUGUAGGCGCUGAAGCCAUUGCGGAGCAUGUCUACGACAAUGAGAUAGAUACCACGCAAGGACGAGAACGCAUUCGCCGUCAUGAGAGCAUUCGCUUACGUUACGGCAACCGCUUUGCGCUCGCUCAUGAAAGUGGCAGAGUCGACAUUGGCUUCAGGCUUAUCGAAGAAGCUCUAGAAACCGAGCAAGGUCGUUCUCGACUCUCAAGCAUGGGUGUCUUCACCGAAGCGGCGGAUGAUGAGGUUGAUGAUUUCGUUCAGUCGUAUAGGAUGCGGCAUCCGCGUUAUGGUCAAAUUACGCGUGCGCGCUCCGAACUGCAGAACACCGACGCCCCGCCGAGUCCACAGCCGGAACGCUACGCCGAUGAUGCACUUGCUGCAGCUCGAGAAGCUUCGGCACAAGUGCAUGAUUACUUCCGCCGUUACACCGCGGACUCGCUGAACACGCGUACUAGGUCACCACCGCCGGAGGACGAAAGCCUGGCUUUGCACGUUGACGCUGAAGUCGUGACUUCCCGAGACGAGCCACAGGCGCACCCCGUCAGUCCUCCUUCCGAGCGUAGUCGGGUAGAUGUUGAGGAUGCCGAGAGUCAGACCGAUCUUGAGGCAAUGAGGGGUAUUAUUGAGCGGCUUGCGCGACGUGACGAUGUACCCGACGAAUGGUGGCAGAGUGUUGGGCUCAGUGUGUCACGUCCAAGACCGAGAGCGGCUAGUCCGCGUCGGGAUGACCAUGUUGUGGAGAGCGCGGCAGGGAGUCGCGUCAGGACCGGGCGAGUUGACCGACGGAUUUCGCAUCUAUGA